AUGACAAUUAUUUAUCCAAAUGUGAAAACCACCUUACAUAUCUAUCUAUCUAUCUAUCUAUCUAUCUAUCUAUCUAUCUGUUUCAUUAUCUAUCUAUCUAUCUAUCUAUCUAUCUAUCUAUCUAUCUCAGUCUGUUCAUUAUCUAUCUACAUCAGUCAGCUCAUUAUCUAUCUAUAUGAAUGUAUUCAUUAUCGAUCUAUAUAUGGCUCUGUUCAUUAUGUUUUUUAUGCAAGUGUGUAUCUAUCUAUCUAUCUAUCUAUCUAUCUAUCUAUCUAUCUAUCUAUCUAUUCUCUCAUUACCAGCGCUAUUACUCCAGUCCCUAAAUCUAACCCCAACGGCUGUGUUUUCAUAAAUUACUCUCUCUCUCUCUCUCUCUCUCUCUCUCUCUCUCUCUCUCUAUCUAUCUAUCUAUCUAUCUAUCUAUAUAUAUAUAUAUAUAUAUAUAUAUAUUAUCACAGCUAUUUUACGCAGCAAUCUGUUCAUAUUGAUCUAUCUAUCUAUGUAAGCAGUCUAUUCCUAUUUAUCUAUCCGUCUGUCUAUCUAUCUAUCUAUGGAUUCAGCUAA